AUGUCACCCUCCGCAGCAAUGAGUCUGCGUGACUCAUUUGGGGACCGGAAGAUUCCUGUCAUCUCGCGAAAGAUCACGGCAUGUGUUCUGUGCCGCAAGCUGAAGAGUCUGCAGAUGCUAUUGGAAAAUGAUGUUUCAUGGAAGGAGAAAAUGGAAGGCCGGAUGAGCAGACUCGAGCAGUCCAUCAUUCAAAGCACGAACCAGCCUCCUAGAAUUACUGCUGGGAAUGCCGCUCUAUGGCAGCAGCCGUUAAGCAUCGAUAACGUUCUCAAAUAA